AUGGGGAUGGGAAUGGGAAUGGGAUUGGGAAUGGGGAUGGGAAUGGGAAUUGGAAUGGGAAUGGGCCAGGUUAUGGGAAUGGGAAUGGGAAUGAGUGGGCCGGGGAAUGGGAAUGGGAUUGCGAAGGGAAUGGGAAUGGCAAUGGGAAUGGAGAUGGGGAUGGGAAUGGGAAUGGGAAAGGGAAUGGGAAUGGGAAUAAGAAUGGGAAUUGGAAUGGGAAUGGGAAUGGGAGAGAGAAUGCGGUUUAGGGUUUCAGGUUCUGCAAUAUUGGCGUUUGGGGUUUUGGGGUUUGGGAAUCAUUAUGGGAAUGGGUUGGGGAAUGGAAAUGGGAAUAGGAAUGGAAAUUGGAAUGGGAAUGGGCAUGGGAAAAGGAAUGGGAAUGGCAAUGCUAAUGGGAAUGGGAUUGAGAAUUGGGAUGGGAAUCAGAAUUGGAAUGGGAAUGGGAAUGGGCCAGGGAAUGGGAAUGGGAAUGUGAAUAGCAAUGAGAAUGGGAAUUGGAAUGGGAAUAGAAAUGGGAAUGGGCUAGGGAAUGGGAAUGGGAAUGGGAAUCGGAAUGGGAAUAGAAAUAAAUUGGAAUGGGCUAGGGAAUGGGAAUGGAAUGGGAAUGGGAAUGGGAAUAUGAGUGGGCUGGGGAAUGGGAAUGGGAAUGUGAAGGGAAUGGGAAUUGGAAUGGCAAUGGCAAUGGGAAUGGAGAUGGGGAUGGGAAUGGGAAUGGGAAUGGAAAUUGGAAUGGGAAUGGGAGUGGGAAUGCAUCGAGGAAUAGGAAUGGGAAUUGGAAUUGGGGUUUAG